AUGCUAAGAAAGAACUUCAGGACCAAGUAUCGAUAUCCAUUUACAUUUGCAGGAAUUAUUGCAGCGAUUUUGCUUGUUGAUAUAUUUGAGCCUUGGAUUUCCUUCGACAUGUACUUAAAAUUAUAUCCAAACUUAAAUCAGGAAAAAUCACAUUACUAUAAAGUGAAAAAUUUAGAAAUUUUCGAUAACUAUACAGUUAUAUAUCCCAAUACUAACUAUCUACGAGUUAGAAAGCAGAAACAAGCAUCGCCUUUCGAAAGAGGAAAUUUUUAUGAUCCAAGUGUACUUGGUUUUCAGCAUGUUGUAUUUCAACACUUCACGAGAGCAGAUUUUUCAUGGUAUGGAGUAGCUACUCCAGAUAAUUUUUACGAGCCAAGUCGAAAACACGACGGAAAUCAAAUGCCAGAAGGAAUUAAUCAUACACUAUUGAUUGUAAAGAAGGCCGUAGUCGGAUUUUCUUAUCAUGUUGAGUAUGGCCACUUUGUUCAAGAUAUGGUGUGUGGAAUCAUGAUUGUUCCAUCUGAAAUCAUACAAGAUGCAGAUAUUUACGUUAAGUUUGACGAACAGCAAGCCAGAACGUACUUAACAUUCUUAGGUUUUAGUCCAGAACGAAUUCAUCAAAUUCCUAAGGCGUAUGUUCAUGCGAUAGAUUUAUACAUCUCCGUUAGCAAAUUUGGAAUUAACGGGUUACAUGUCGCUUGGAUUGAUCUUCACAAUUUAAUUUUUAGAAAAUAUAAUUUAUCUUCCAUAAAACCGACCAGAUAUACCAUUAUAAAUAAACCAUUGACAAACUGGGGUUCCGCGAAGAAUUUAGACAAGCUUGUGAUGAUUGCCAAAAGAGAAUAUCCAGAAAUUAACUGGGAAGUCCAUCCGCCUGAAGUUUUAUUCAAUAUGAACAAUGCUGCAAAGCUUCUUGCGUCAACCUUGUUAUAUGUAUCUGCUGCAGGCUCUGCUUGCUUUAAUUGUCUUUAUAUGCAUCCAGGAUGUUUUGUUCUUUUCUUUAGCAGGUGGAAAACAGAUAAUCCUGCUAUUGCAUCAGCUCUUACACUUGGUAUGUGGUUGUAUUCCAUUAACAAUGACGAUUUCGGAUCAAUUGUCUCAAAUGUAUCCAAUUAUCUGUUCAAAACAGGGCUACAUGAUAUCAUGUAUGCUAUAAAGAAUGGGAAUUGGAGAAAUGAUAUAGACAGACGUACUGUUUUAUGUUUUAACGGGACAAUUUUCGAAAAAGGUGAAAAAUUCUUGGCAGAAACAGGAAAAUCACAUGCAAUUGUUAAAAGAUACUCAGAUUUCGAGGUUUAUCAUAGAUGUAUCAUGACAAAAUAUCAUAAUCCUUUGAGUAGAUUGUAUCAUUACUUAAUAGAGAAGAAUGAGGAAUCAUAUAUUUAUCAGUCUAAGUUAUAUUAG